AUGGAGAGAUUCGGCGAGAAAUUGGAUCUUUUGGAAUUCGCCGAUAUUUUUAAUGCAUUUCAAUCGAGAGGAGGAGAGCAGCGGCGGUUUCUCGUGCAAGGGGUCAGCAUGGCAGUCGACAAUCCGUCGUAUUUCUCGCUGUCGAGCGGGGCAACGUCGUCGUCCACGUCGGCGACGCCUGCGUCGACAACGAGCGUCGCGUUCUCACCGCCCUCGAAGGGCCCGACGGGCUUGACGGCCCUGUUCCGUCGACGUCCAUGCAAGAUGGGCACCAGCUCGUCGGCCAGCGUCGUCUCAGCUUCCACGAACAGCACCCUGAUGCAACAGGAGAGCAACAGGAGCAGCGCCUCGGGCGCCUCGACGCCCUCGACGCCCACGGAGGAACGUGUUCCGAUGCUCUCUAGAAAUGGGACACCUCUUUGUGGAAACGGCGCUCAUGGAAGCUCGGCGAAUCAAAGGAGGAGCUUCAGGAACCUGUUCAGAUCUGUCAGCGCGAAUGCUGAUAACGAGAGGACGCAACAGUUCCUCAAGGGAGAUCCGAGACCGUCUGACGUUGCUCCACCCUCGCCGUAUCUGCCUCACAGGUCACACUCGCACUCUGAGAACGACAGAAGAAGGCCAGUUCGAGGGAGAACCGUGCUGAAAUCCGCCAGUGAACUUCUGUCCAAUGAUAUGGUUUACUGUGGAUUGGCUAGAGAUGGUCGUGAACACGACGACGACGACGACGACGAUGACGAUAGAGACUCCAGUGAAGUGUUCGUUGGAGUCGAUGAUGCUAGGUACUACAACCUCUCCUCCACCCUGCCAGCCCCGGGCUCAGCAGCAGCAGGCAGAAGAAGGCACUCGAUAGGCACGUUCUUGGGCAAAGAUCGCGGCUCCUCGAGCAGAGACAACGUGAGAAGGCAGGCAGAAUCGUCGACAGUCAUGGUGGAACCGGAUACAAUGGCACCACCGGCACCAGUCGACACUGUGGACGGUGUCCACGCGGAGGAUCGAAAGGGGAGGUCCUGCAGCAGGUCUAGACGCAGACGCCACCGCAGUUCCUCCAGUAGGGGAUCACGUUCAGCGACCGGGAUCUCGAAGAUCGAAUCGCACCACGAAGAUGACGUUCUGUUCGUGUCCAGCAAGGACAGCGAAAUUUCCAGUCUAUGGGUGAAUUAUCUCACAGCCUGCUUCGAGCAGAUCAGCAGGCAACAGGGCCGGCCGCCUUUCAAGGUACGUCACGUGACAGUCGAAGAUCCAAUGCUGCCAGGCAGCGAGGAGAGGAUUCGAUCGGCUCGUUUGCAGAUCGUCGUCGUGUGUCCAGUGCUGUUAGAACGAAUUCAAAGUCGACCGGAACACGCGACGAGUCUAUCUAGGCACCUGAUCACCGACAAAGUCCUCGCGAUGAUGUUGGGCGUGCACGACAGUCACAUCAGCGAGUCCCACAAGUCGAUCUUGGUCUCUUACAACCAGUGGAGAAAGUUCUUCGUGAAGGACCAGGAUGAAACUUUCGUCGGUGAACUAUUAGGCGCCGCUGUUGGAAUUCUCGGCACAACGCCGCCUCCUGCUCUGAGAAGCGACAAAACCACGUUCUCUGUUCAUCCGAAGAAAGUGAAGCUGGACAACGUAUCUGUGAUCGUAGAUCGGUGCGGAGAGGCGAUCGACAUCGCCCACGUGAAACGAAGGAAUCCUUACGCGUUGCAAUUCUCUAUUCCUGAGAGAUGUCUCGAGGUAUCGAUGUUGGUCGGUGUCCGGAUAUCGAAGAAUGGUUGUCCGUUAGGCGUCAGACAGGUGAAAUGCGAGAGCAGAUUGAGGGAACUCGAUCAGAUACUCAGGGCUAACGACAAUCCCUUGGAAUUCAUGUGUCAGACCUUUGGCUUCAAUCCGGGUGAUCGAGAACAGUUGGACAAUUGGAUGGUCCACGCUUUUCAACGAAACGUUCCGCCGCACUUCAACCUUCUGUCCACUCCCAGUGGCGUGGUUUCCACUCAGAAAGUCCACUCGAGAAGACUAGUUGGUCCCGAGGAGAAUCCUACGUUGCUUCACUUCGCCGCCCGUUUCGGCCUGGAGAGACUAGCCUGGCAGCUUCUGGAGUGUCCAGGCGGUGACAUAGCCUGCGACCUGAGAAACGUGUCGGAGUUAACUCCUGCUGAUCUCGCGGAGCAAGCAGGACACGCGCGACUUGCACACCAACUUCGUGGCUACAUGCAAAUGAACGAGUUCACUAACAUGUAUAGCUACCUGAAGGUGAUCAGCGAGACCACCACAGACCAAGCGAACAGUGCGGACCCAUCAACGACUAACACGACGAGCGACACAAACAACGACAAGGAGGAUUAUUGUCGUCCACGACCUUUGAGCGAAGCUUAUUCGGUGCCACCGGCCGCAAGACCAAUAACGUCUCUAAUCUUGCCAGGCCAAUUACCAGUAACCCCUAGCGCGACAACCGGUAACCCCAUUGAAGCAAAUUACUCGAUCGUACCGGCACCAACUCCCGUCGUCGUAAGUCCAUCAACGCCGACACCGUCGUCGACGACCACCUCGAACGGCCUUGAGCUCCCUCUUCAAGGCUACAUGAAGAUGCAUCCAGCUGGGCCCAAAACACCCACGUCGAACGUAGCGAGCCAGCAACCAUCCCGGACAGGCACACCCACUCAGAAUCGUCUAGACUCUCACCACAUACCCUCCAGGGAUGAGAACAGUCAAUCUUCGUGCUCUUACGGCAGAACUACCUCGAAUUCGAGCAGCGUGAAGUCCAGAGAACCGUCAGGACCUCAAGACGAGCUGCUGGAGAUUAUAAACGACUUCAAGAACAACGUGUUCACGAUAACGGAGGUAGAGAGGCUUGUGGAGAACUGGAGGAACCGCAACGACGUUCAACAGAGCUUCAAGGAUAAACAAAGACAGCUGACUGCUAUGAGAGAAGAAUACGAGAGGAUACAGAAGAGGCUGAAGGAGGAGAUGAAGGCACCCACUCCUUUCGACAGGAUUAGAAAAUUCUUCUCCAAAGGAAAGAAAGACUCGAAGGACUCUGGUAAUGGAACAGACGACUCUUCGUCGACCGUCAAAGUGGAAAAUGUUAACGGUGGACUGACUGAUCGUAGACCGGUUAGCAGUCUGAGCCUUCGUAGUGUUUCAAGCUCGUCUUCGUCUGGUAGAAUGAGCACAGCCAGCGGAUGCAGUGGAACCAGUUUAGGCGACAGUGGAACUCACUCUGACACCGAGGAUCGACGACUUCAAAAUGCAAGAGAGGACAAGCCAGGCGUGAUGUCAUACGAAAUACCGCCAGCUCCGAAGCCAUUCACUGGAAGAUACUCGCCAGCGCUUAGGUAUUCCCCCUCUCCUCGUUCCUCGACCGGAAACGACCUAGACCUGAGACCAACGCAGCCGCCAUCGAGGGUCGAGGACACUGAAUAUUACAUAGCGUUUCCACCCUCGGGAUUGCCCAUCCACUCUUUCAAGACAGACGCUCCCUCGCUGAAGGAGCCAAAGACACCCAGCUCUCCCUGCGACCAUCCCAAGUACCUGGACAUGAUCCAAAACACCUGUGCAGCAGCCACAGACGCCGCAGAAUCGGAUCCUUCCAGGCAACCUGGGAAUAGUUACGCAAACAUCGACCCGUCCACGUUGAACUCGGCGCCAGUUCCACCGGCUGGCAUGUGCAUUCCCACGAAUUACGUGAACGUGACACCUGUGUGCGUCACUUCGUCGCAGGAAACUGUUCAAGGUCACCAGACCGAGCAGAGCCACACGCCUGACUCGAGUCACACUUCUGAAUCCUCGAAGAACUCGUCCAAGAUCGAGGCUUCCAAUCGAACAACGGAGAACAAGGUCAAUGAUAGUGUGCAAGCUCAGGGUCACGAGAUUCAGAGUAGAAGUAACGAAGAGUACGUGGAAACAGACCUGGUGAACGGGUCAGAGGGCGUAGAUGUGCCUGAUACCUGUAAAAUGCCGGACUAUAUGAACGUUGACGUUCCUCAGGAUCUCAAAAUUGGCGCCAAAAAGGCGCCUGCUCCACCUGUUCCACCAAGAGGUAGAUUGAUAUUUUUAAUUUAA